AAUAAUAGCAUCAAGAAUAAUGUUUCGUGUGGCGUACAAAUAAAAGAGAAAUAGGCAGUAGGCGUUCGGAAAAAAGCCAAAUUAAUAUGCGCAAUCGAUAAGUCAGUGUACCGUUUUGUAGCUUUUAAGUUAUAUCGACGCAGCGAUUCAUAGUUGCGAUAGUUUGUAGUAGCAUUUAUCUGGCGAAAUGAGUGAAUUUAACCCGGGUAGGAUAGAAAUUCGUCUGUCCGACAUUGACAAUUUGCUGCAGGAGAGCAUUUUUGAAACAACCAAUGGCGACAAGCUGGUGGAAUAUAUCAAGAAGAAGCGUGGUGGCGGCCGAGCAAGGUUACAUGAUAUAUUUGAAAGAGCCGCAGGAGCUGUUCAACGGCCAAACUUCAAUUUCGACAUCGAUGCGUCCGAUCUGCAUCCCCUGCCUCCAUCCCCGGAAGAAAACGAUGGGCACGUUCCUGCAGAGUCCUCACCACGACCGGUGGAAUCACAGAUACCGCCAGAUGGUAAAACUGUGCACAAUGGAAACGGUAUGGUCGAAACCAGUUCAACCUCAGCGAAGAAAAACCCUAUGGUGGUGCUUGCUAACAAAUCAUCCCUCAAUAUGGUGGCCAAAUCUCCUGCCACCGUAAAAAAUCUCAGUCGGCAGGUGUUGAUAAAUCAGUAUCAAAGAUCGAAUUCAGCAAAAUGUGAAAUGCUUAGACAGUUGGCUACGAGUACCCCGAUCCCGGGUGAAAGCAGCACAUAUAAUCGUAUUUCCACCUUCACAACGUCGAUUUCGCCCAUUUUAGAGGGGAAUUCGCCCGAGGAUGUACCGAACGCGGUGUCUACGGUGCCAGUCCAUGUAAAGGAACCUGCGCAGCCAUUGAACAAUAAGGAAGACGUACCAGUCACUGAUAAAAUAUUGGUUCCUUCGUCUCAAGCUAUCUCUGCGCCAGAAAAUACCCCUCAGAAAGUGAUUGUGAUACGGACACAAACAGUACCUCCUCCAUCUUCGCCUGAAGUAAUCGUUCCUGAGACACCAAGCCCGGCGAAGGAAUCUCCGAAAGCGGCUAACCACACGCUCAUUCAACCGCGGAGACUCUGCAACACAUUUGAUGCAAUGGAUCAAGUAUCUUCCGAUAGGACCGAUGGGAACCUUACAUCCGAUGAUGAUGAGGCGCACCAUAUGUCUGGCGAUGAAAAUAUGAGACUGAAUGUAUCGUAUGCCCCAGCGUCUAAGCAAUCACCUGACGACAGUUUGUUAUUGAAGAGCAUUCUUAAGGAUCGAAACACAUCCCAAAAUCGGAGGAGUGAGUUCCGGGUUUCCUUUUCCCAACAAUUGGUGCACGAACGAGAAAUUUCCCCUGCCCCUUCCAUACCUUCAGUGGAUUCAAACUCAGAUUCCGAUUCUGAAGAUAGCUCAAAUGAAAGUGAUUGCGAUGAGGAGGAGUUUCAAGUCGUUGAUGAAGUGUACAGUGACCACAGUGAAGAGAAUGAUGCAGUCGAGAGUCAAAAGGACUACGAUGAAUACAAAAAGAUACAUGACGAAUUAUUAGAAUAUCGGAAUCAGCAACAAACUGCCAGACCGGAGUCUCCCCUAAUAGACGUGGUCGAGGAGCAGCCGGUGCAAUGGUAUGAAACGAGAACUCCAAGACACGAUGAUGUUCAUAGAGGUAAAUCGUUAGUUCCUCCAACUACCGGAAAAAAGGACAACAAAACAAAUCUUCAACUGGUGGACAUCAUAACUGAUUGGGACGACGAGGAGGAAGAAGAAGUGGAACCGGAAGCAGCUGUUGUUUCAUUUGAAAUCCCAGAAACGCAAGUAGCGACACAGCGAUCGAACGAAACAAAUCGAGACGCGAUGGAUAUCAGUUCUAGCAAUAUGGAAGAAUCAGCAGAACGGAUAGUGGAACUUCUCCCACCACCCCCGGGUUUCGGUGAGAUCGAAUCAGACGAAAAUGCAAUAUCUCCGACGACAUCGCCCACCAGUCCAGCAACACAGUUCAGUGAUUCCGCAAAGCAUCGUUUUCUUCGAGAAAACGAAGAAGCUCUUAUAUCACGAAUACAGAAUGAGCUACCCGUUUCUCAGCAGCCGCCAUCUAGCUCCGCACCAAUCAACAAGUCAUACGAAAAAGUGCCCGAAACGCUAGUAGAAAUCGCUCAAUCAUUUCGUGAUCAACCUCCCCAAUCAGUAGCUCCGCAGGAGCUGAGAAUGAAACCGAUGAUGCAUCCGAAGAAGAGGAAAGCCACAGUUCCCGAUCCGGCGACGACUUCCUAUUUCGAAACAGUGGCAAAAACGUUUGCCAAGCAGACGAUGCCACCUCCCACAACUGCGACCAAGAGAAAAUUAUACGCUUCGAAAGUGUCCGAUGAGGAAACGGCACCCGUGGCCAGCAGGUCAGCUGUGCUCAGUGUGCACCGUGAGACUACCCCAGCUAUGCGCAAUCUAAAUGUAGUAAUUCAAAAACUUACACUUGAAGAUUGUCUGGAGGAAAAACAGAUACCAAGCAAUAUUUUGGGUCUUCAUAAAAACAUUUUGAGUGAGAAACAUACGGAAACUGCUGGAAAAACUGUUCCUCAGCUUAAUAACCCAUCGGUAAAAACAUCACAAAGAACUGUUCGGCAACCAAAAGUGCUAAAAAGCAAAACUCGAACGGUGGCCGCUUCUUCAACAAUCGAGAAUACUCGAAAAGAUCCGCACAGUUACAAUCACGAAUAUUCUGUUCCAAUGGAUUGUUCGGAUAUAAACAGCCAAAGCUCGGAAAGCCAAGAGAGUGUCGGGCGUCAACCGUUGGACGUACCGAACUUGCGAAACCUGGAAGAAACUGCACCUUUGAAGCAGCGAGUGAACAAUGCGUUGAACACACGAGACGUAUCCGAUAAAGGAGAUGUUCAUUCUGAUAACUCUCAAAGCGAUGAUCCUAAUCCUAUGGUCCAAAAGAAUACGAUCAAGAAACAGAACACAAAGAGCACCUCACCCACCGAAAAUGUAGACAUAGAUAACAACCAGAAGGAGAUUCCCGAAAGCGCACGAGAAAGUUCUGGUUCGUCAAUGGCAUACACCACAAGGUCAGAAGAUCAACACGUGCGUAGUUUAAAAAUCUAUCAGGGAAAAACGACGACGAACAGUGAAGAUAACCAGAAUGAUUCAUCAACAACUAAUUCAAGGGACAGUUUGACCGUAUCGAAUGUUGAUCGUGAUCCUCUAGAACAGGGCAGAAGUAGCGCUGAGAUGCAAGCAGAGAGAGCCACCAGAAUGAGGUCGACUGCAAAGAAGAAAAACAGUAAACUUAAAGUGAGCCGAAACACUGAAAACACAGCAAGGAAAGAGGAGGAGAAACCACACGGUAAAUCGAUUCCCAAAUCGAAAGAAGAUUCGCAACGGAAAAGAAUAAUCAAAUCGAAUGGAUUCUUAGAACCGCAUUCAAAAGAUUCACAAUUGGACGUUGCUCCAAUGAAACAAAAGAAAAAGGUGCCUACGAAGAAAAAUAAAAAACUUCACCUCGUUCAAAAUAACAUAGUCGAGAGUGUCGAAGCCAAUGGUUCACUACCAAAGAACAACAAUAAUCAACAGAUUGUUCCUGAAGCCCCUAGUGACGAGAUACUAGAAACAAGUGACAUAGUUUUGGAAGAUGAAGUUCCUAGAAAUGAAAUACUGGAAACAAGCGACAUAGUUUUGGAAGAUGAGCAGUUCAGUUCUUCCCGGUCACAUAGCAGCGAAAAAACACCUGAAAAUUAUGAAUCACCUUUCCAGGACGACGAAGGUGAAGAUAAUGAUGCACCUCUUGCGAUGGAACCCAAGCGGAAUAAAACACGCGCGACGAGUCGAAAAAAUGAUCAUUUCGAAAAAUAUACUACAGAAGAAACCGAGAAAUCGAAGGGUUUGCCUCGUUAUCUGCGGGAAGUAGAAGAUAGUGCAUGGCAACCGCCUAAACAUUUGAAGGAAAAAGUGAACACCAUGCGGAGGAAGCUUAACAGGGAGAAAAAUCGUAGCUCGGAGGAAGAAGAAACAGUUCGGCGCAGUGGGCGAACCUGUCGAAUAGCGAAGCAGAUACUUAUGACUAAUCCACUCGUAAAAUCUGCGUAUGACAGACCCAACUAUCGGCCACCAACGGUUGAAGAAAUACUGGAAGCAGAGCGGCUGGCGCAGGAACUACGCAAGAAAAAUCGCGGUACCCGUAAGCCCCCAGCGAAAGUAAACUCAAAAUCGACUGAAACAACCGAGAGGGACAAAAGCAAACAGACAGCAAACCGGAAAAGAGUACAACAUCUCACGCAUGAGGAAGAGGGAAAUAUAGCCACAAAGAGAAAUAGAUUAGAAGAGGCCAGUACCAGCACCUCAAGCUUAAAGGAACAGCUCGGUACCAGUUCUGAAGGUAACAGUACUGCAAACGGUAGCGGGCUCAUAAAUUCCUCUGAAAGGCUGAUUCAAGAAAAGCUUCAAGCUCAAAGCUGGAUGUUAAAAUUAAUUGCGGACACUAAUCAGCGGCCAGAUCGAUUGCCAGUUAAUCCUGUGAAUGGCAAUCUCGUCCAUUUCACUUUAGAUCAUAUAUCGUUUCAAGAACGCAAUGGAAUCCAGUAUUCUUUCUUUGUUUACUCCGAAAGAGAAAACUAUGGCUUCUUACGGUUUUCACCAUUAGCAGUCAAGAAAUUAACCAAAACGGCUGAUUUUCAGCUUAAAUUUCUCAUCCUUAAUGGUAAGCUCAUUUUCCAGAUCAAUGGGAAGGAAAUUAUCACUAAGGGAGGCGAUUUUUUAAUGCUUCCAGAAAAUUCAAAAUACAGCAUCAAGAACUGUGAGGAAAUAUCCCUCCUUUUCAUGGUCAAAUUCGUGUCAUCUUAGAAGUCCGUGACGUGAGUUGUAAAUAAUAUUUUCGCUUAGUUUCUUUGUACGUGUGAUUUUUUAAUACAGCCAUAAGAAGAACAAUUUUCGUUCAUGUAAAAUGGGAAGUAUUCAAAAACUGCUAGGAACCAUUCUGUAAAUAGCACUGAUUAUGUUAUUGUUUUUAGUUGAGAGUUAUUUAGAAAUAUGUGUGAGAGAAAUAGAGGCAGACUCUGAGGGUUUGAUGAAGCUACAUUGUAAUAUAUUUGAUUUUAUUUCAA